CUAGAAUUUAAGUUACCAAUACGUUAAAAAAACUUUAUUUUUAUUUUAUAAAAAACCCACCUCAUCUUUAUGGAAAAAAAAAAAUCCCCCUCAUCAAUCCUAUUGUAUAGUAUUACUCCAUAAAAAGGAAGAACCUUUCAUAUGAUAUUCAGACUUUCAGAACAGUAACAGAGCUGCCUAAAUCAACAGUAAAUUCAGACACAGAAAAAAAAAUUGUGCAAAAUGGACGCCGCAACGAAGGAGAAGGUGCAAGAAACAGUGCUGGAAAUCCUUCGAACAGCCGACAUGCAAAAGAUGACUGAAUUCAAUGUUCGUACUCUCGCCGGCGAAAAGCUCGGCAUCGAUCUCUCCGAAUCUUCUUCCAAGAAAUUUGUCCGUCAGAUUGUCGAAGGCUUUCUUCUUGAACAACAGCGCCAAAACGACGCCGUUCAAGGCGCCGCUGAUGAAGCAGAACAAGAACAAGAAGAAGAGGAGGAGGAAGAAGAAGAAGAAAGUAACAAGAGACGUUCUGAUGGCAAAGAGUAUGAUGAUGACGGCGAUCUCAUCAUCUGUCGUUUGUCGGAGAAGAGAAGAGUGACGAUUCAGGAUUUUAAAGGAAAGACAUUGGUGUCAAUUAGGGAGUAUUACAAGAAAGAUGGAAAAUUUCUCCCUACAUCCAAAGGGAUUAGCUUAACUGCUGACCAGUGGUCUUCCUUCUAUAAGAAUGUGCCGGCUAUAGAAAAAGCUAUCGAGAAAAUGGAGGAAAGGUUGAGCUGAGGCUGAAGCUAAGUAACCCUCUUAGAACAGAUAACUCUUAUAAUUUGGUGUUCCAAUGUUCGUACGUUGUGGCAGUCGUGUUUCACUGCAGUAACUGCCAUUUCGUUUCUUGAGUUAUCUGGGUAUACAUUUUGCAAGACUUGAUGAUAUGGCCUUUGAUAACUUUUGGAACAGUGUACAAGUCGCGUAGUGUUUUUUAUUUUUGAGACAUGUUGCCCUUAUGUUCGAAGUAGUGUAUAUGCAAUGCAGUUAUAUUCUGCUCCUUUGGCUGCAACUCAAUUCUCAUAUUGUGUUAUACAGACUUAAGUAUGGUAAUAAAAUAUAAUGUUACCUUAACCUCA